UCCAGGUGUCAACACCGGCCCAGAGACAACAAACCAGAAAAAUGCUGUUUUUUGCUUAUUACUUUGUUCAUCAAUAUCAUCAUAUCGUCUGUCAGUUGCCAUAACAUGUUUUCUCCGGCUGAUAUACUAUCAUCUGUUGACAAUGCGUGCUUAGUUUUGUUGACUGAGUUUUCCGACAUGGACACGUCAAGUAUUUUCGAUGAGUUGGCCCUCACCACAUUUAUCGAAGAACCUGUUGUGAUGUUAGGAUUAGUUGGGGUCACUUCGUUUGAAUGGCCUAAUGGAGAACGAUUAUCUGUACAGUCCGCUUCGCAUUCAAGUCAAGCGGAGAUUAUUAUUUUUGAAAGGAGAAUCCCAGAUAGGACUUGCUUGUCGGUAAAUAAAAGUCCGUCCGCUCUCCGCCCUGUUCUUUACUCUGGAUUUGUAGGCCGUGAAAGUCUUACUGACUUUAUCAACAGCAAGUGUCACACAUACAGGUCUUCUAUUGGGGGGCUAAGUAUUGAAGGCUAUCACAGAAAAGAAAUUUUAAAUUCACUCUUCUCCAUAGCACAGAUUUCAGAUGUUACUAUGGAGGACAUAAUGUUAUCAAGUAAGAAAACUGUAACGACACAGUGGUCAUCGUCAGAAAAAAUGAAUACAUUGGAUGAACAGGAAGAUUACUCAGGAGAAAGAAAACAUGGUUUUAAAACAAGUGAUGAAGAAAUGCUUCACAUUACACAUGAAUAUGAGUCUUGUCCCACUGUGAAAAGUAUGGAGGACGGUGAAACGAAUACUUGCGACAGAAGUAAUUUUGAUGUUCAUAAAGUUCAAAAUGAUAAAGAAAUUCCGCAAUGUGAAAGAAUCACUGCACCUUCUACUCAACAAUUUUUCCAUGAAUACUUAAAAAUUUCAAAACCAGUUAUCAUAACAAAUAUGACUAAGUCAUGGCCUGCAUUUCAGAAAUGGACAAAUGAGUAUUUCAAAAAAGAAUAUGGUAAUUAUGAUGUUUAUAUUAAGUUGACACCAAGAGGAGAAUUUGAGGGAGUUGAAAAAGCUGAUCUCUGGGAAAAUUUCAAAUCUUUUUCCAUUCCACAUGAAGUCAAAGUUCAACUCCAACAUCCAGAAUUAGUUGUUGUACGACCAGCAUCAUUUAGUUUAAAGUUUUCAGAUUUUUUGGAUAUGAUUGAAAACGUUACCAGUGGAGAGCUGAAAAACGUAUCAGCUUAUUUAGAAUAUUCAUCGAUUCGUCAGCAUCUACCAGAUUUAGAAGAUGACAUCAAAGAAAUGCCAUUUAUUCGGCCAGGAGUCCAUAAAUUGGAACAUCUUAACAUCUGGCUUAGUGACGGAAACACCUUGGGGAAACUUCACUUUGAUCCGUAUGAUAAUUUUCUUUGUCAGAUACACGGACAGAAAGAAGUGAUACUGUUUGAUCCACAGAAAAAUGAAAAUCUCUAUGAGGCCCACAUUCCAGAAGCAAUUCUUUCCUACAACAAAACAACAGGAGAGUUCCGGCGCCGCACACUAGUGGACAGUACCUCCAUGGUUAUGUCCCCUGUUGACAUUCUGAGACCAGAUUUUGAGAAGUUUCCACGUUUUGCAUCAGCCAUGCCCCUAAACUGCACAUUAAUGGAAGGAGACGUCCUCUUCAUGCCAAGUUUCUGGUGGCACGAGGUCCAGUCAUCCCCUAGCCGUACAGCCAGACACAACCUCGCAGUGAACUUCUGGUAUGAUCCUUUUCUGACAAAAGAGUUCCCUUGUCCAGAUUGUCGAUUGGACAUCAACCCAAGGUAUCGCCACCUUCUGUGACACCUGAUCAUCAC